UUGAUUCAAUCCCCAUUAAAGCAUACAAGCAGGUGUCAUGUCUGAGACUAAAGCAAUGUGAGUUUAACCUCUUCGUCCGUUUCCACACUUUGGCGGUCCAAUAAUUUGGCCAUUAUGUCAUUGCCCCUCGUGGUGGCAAACCCCUCACUCAUGCUCCUGAUAAAAUAUGGUUGUGGUUGUUUGGAUUUCUAGUUGAUGUUUGAAUGUUUGCUAAUCCAGUGAGCGACUGUCCGCUAUUGCUGGCGGCUUCGCAUCUUCGACACCCAGUUGCGGUCAGUAUUUGCCUCAGCCUUGCGUGCCACCCCACUCCGGGUUGUUCCAAGUGCCGUAGCCCCCCUUAUUCAGGGUAGAGGCGUUAUCGUAGCCAUCCUGGACGGCCAGGAUGGUGGCUUCAAGAAUUGGAACCGGUGCUGAUCUCAUCUCUAGAUUUUGGCCUUAUUGGUCUUGCUGUUAUGGGUCAGGUAUGUUUAGCUUCUUGUUCCAGAGACUGAAAUAGUCGUGAUACCAAUUGCCCCGUUUACACGUAGAACUUGAUCCUCAACAUUGCGGACAAUGGUAUUUAUUGCACCAACCCCUCCGCCAUUAUCUGUCUCCUGACUUGGCUAUUAGGCUUUACUGUUGCUGCUUUCAAUAGAACCGUAUCGAAGGUCGACCACUUCUUGGAGAAUGAGGCCAAGGGUAGGGUUCUGCCCUCUCUCGGGUUGUUCGGUCGCUAAAAUUCUGUAGGAAAAUCCAUCGUUGGUGCUCACUCCAUUCAGGACUUCUGCGAUAAGUUGAAGAGUCCUCGUAGGAUAAUGUUGCUCGUUAAGGCUGGCCCUGCUGUUGACGACUUCAUUGCUUCUCUCCUGCCCUUCCUAUCACCCGGCGAUAUUAUCAUUGACGGUGGUAACUCUCACUUCCCCGACAGCAACCGCCGCACCAAGUAUCUCUCCGAGAAGCAGAUCCGUUUCGUAGGUGCUGGUGUCUCCGGUGGUGAGGAGGGAGCCCGGUAUGGCCCAUCCAUCAUGCCCGGUGGUAACGAGGAGGCAUGGCCAUACAUUAAGGAUAUCUUCCAAAGCAUUUCCGCCAAGUCCGAUGGCGAGCCAUGCUGCGACUGGGUUGGCGAUGAGGGAGCUGGCCACUUUGUUAAGAUGGUUCACAACGGUAUCGAGUAUGGUGACAUGCAGUUGAUCUGCGAGGUAGAUUUGUGUUGUGACUAGAAUGAAUUCUAGAAUCGGCACUAACAGGUUUGCUCUAGGCCUACGACAUCAUGAAGCGUGGUCUCGGAAUGACAAACUCUGAGAUUGGCGAUGUUUUCACCAAGUGGAACACUGGUGUCCUCGAUUCAUUCCUCAUCGAGAUCACUCGCGACAUCAUGAAGUACAAUGACCCGGUCGAUGGAACUCCCCUCGUGGAGAAGAUUCUCGACAGUGCCGGACAGAAGGGGACCGGGAAAUGGACUGCUAUCAACGCUCUCGACUUGGGCAUGCCCGUCACCUUGAUUGGUGAAUCCGUCUUCGCCAGAUGCCUCUCUUCCAUCAAGGGGGAGAGAGGCCGUGCCGCCCAGCUCCUCGAGGGCCCCGAGAUCCCAGCUUUCACCGGUGACAAGGAGGCAGCCAUUGCCGAUCUCGAGCAGGUUAGAUACUUCUUUGGAAUUCGGCCUUGUUCAGAACCGUGGGUGAGGGACCACUCGAGCUAAUGAUUGGAUAAUAUAGGCACUCUACGCUAGCAAGAUUAUUUCUUACGCCCAGGGCUUUAUGCUCAUUCGUGAGGUGCUUUUGCUACCCCGCUACCCCCACGAGAGGGCCCCAAUACUGAUUAGUAAACUACAGGCCGCUAAAGAGUACAACUGGAAAUUGAACAACCCCGCUAUCGCUCUUAUGUGGCGUGGUGGAUGUAUUAUCCGCUCUGUCUUCCUUGCGGAUAUUACCAAGGCGUAUCGUGCUAAGCCAGAUCUCGAGAACCUACUCUUUGAUGACUUUUUCAAGGCAGCUAUUCACCAAGCUCAGCCCGGUUGGAGGAGAGCCAUCACCCAGGGAAUCCAAUUUGGAAUCCCCACUCCUUGCUUCUCUACCGCUUUGAGCUUUUAUGACGGAUAUAGGACUAGGGAUCUUCCUGCCAACCUCUUACAGGCACAAAGAGAUUACUUCGGUGGGUGCAAGUGUGAAUUGGUAUCUCAUUGAAGCAUUCUAACAUGAAGCCACAGGUGCCCACACUUUCCGCGUCAAGCCUGAAUGCCAGAGCGAGACUCUCCCUGAAGGGAAGGAUAUUCACAUCAACUGGACUGGGAGGGGAGGAAACGUCAGUGCCUCGACUUACCUUGCAUAAAUUAAUGACCAAACAAUUGAACCCGUCUCUUCUGUUCUUGUUCCUUUUCCCGAAGUUGGUAUUUCUUUUCACGGCGGGAAAUUCUUUGAUUCUUGUGAAACCCUUUAUGGUACUUAACUUGUUGUGGUUUGUCAUGUCUGUUGUGAUGAUUCUGAAUGAGCAAACGUGGGGGGCGACAUCACAUAGAUGUUGAAAUUGAAAAUAAAAGACGGAAAUUCUGAAUUUC